AUGGCAGUGCGGAUGGUGGUCGUGCUGUGUGUGCUGGGUACUCUACUUUGCCAGGUGUGGAGUUCCUCAGAAACACAACUCAAGGAGGAAAAACUACUGUCUAAGGUCCUUUAUCCAUGGAAAAGACAAAGCAAUGGACUGGUCAGGGUCAAGAGGGACUGGAUCAUCCCUCCAAUCAGGGUUCUGGAGAACAGCAAGCAGGUUCCUGAAGAUCUAGUCCAGAUCAAAUCGGACAAAAUAUUCACAGGAGAGGUGAUCUACAAGUUAGAGGGACCAGGGGUGGACCAGGAACCCAAGAACCUGUUUGAGAUUGAUGAUAAAACAGGAGUAAUCAGGAGCAAACAGCCACUGGACAGAGAGAAAUACAGCAGCUUCACGCUGAAAGCCUUUGCAUUGUCUCCCAGUGGGGAGAGACUAGAGAACCCUACCACCAUAGAGAUAGUGGUGCUGGAUCAGAAUGACAACAGACCCACCUUUACCCAGAACCAGUUUAUCGGAGCUGUCUCUGAGUUCUCAGUCCCAGGAACAUCAGUGAUGUCGGUAUCAGCCACUGAUGCAGAUGACUCGAUGACAGACAACGCUGUUUUGAGCUACUCUAUCAUUGGCCAGGAGAGCAUACCUGCCAAUGCUGUGACCAAGACUAUGUUUGGUAUUAACAACCAGACAGGAGCCAUCUACACAAGGGAUGUGGGCCUGGACCGAGAGGUGGUGAAAAGUUUCAGGUUGAAACUACAGGUUGCUGAUAUGUCAGGUAUGGGGCUGACAAGUGAAGGUGUGGCUAUCAUACAUGUGUCUGAUAUCAACAACCACGCCCCGCAGUUCAACCCCAACAUGUACAGUAUGACAGGAGUGGAGAACAAGAAGGACUACGAGAUCGGCAGGGUGAAUGUAACGGACAGAGAUGACAGAGGAACAGGGAACUGGAGGGCUAAAUACUCCAUAGCAAAGGGUGACCCCCAUGGGAGCUUUGCCAUCAGCACAGACAAUGUCACUAACCAGGGCAUCCUGACAGUGGUGAAGCCCCUGGACUACGAAGCACAACCUGAAUACAAUCUGAUUCUGACAGUGGAAAAUCUCAACGCUCUAAGCAACAAAGCUCCUAACAACCCAGUGAGCAGCGCCACAGUGGUGAUCACUGUAGGGAAUGAGAAUGAGGCUCCGCGCUUCAGGGAGGACCCCAUAAGGAUUGUGGUACCUGAGUCGGUGGUUCCUGGAACAGUACUGAAAAGAAACAUCGCCUAUGAUCCAGAUUAUUCUGAACUGAGAUACGAGAUCACCAGAGAUCCUGAAAAGUGGUUGGACAUCAACAGAGAGACGGGAGACAUCAGCGUUAAGAGAGCCUUUAAUAUCCGAUCUCCUCAUAUUAGAAACAAUAUCUACAAUGCCAUUGUGAAGGUCACAGAUGCUGGUGGUGUGUCAUCCAGUGCCAGUCUGGCCAUCACACUGAAGGAGACCAAUGACUUCCCCCCUCAGCUCUUCCCCCUGAGCGGCACCGUGUGCAGGGAGGCAGAGCGGAUGACUUCUGAACUGAUUCUGACCGCUGUGGAUGAAGACCGCCCCCCACACGCUGAGCCCUUCACCUUUGAACUGCCUGAUGAUCUGUCCAUCAACUGGACCAUUAUACAAGUCAAUGAAACUCAUGCCGUACUACAGCCCCUUGUGGAGAUGGAGGCGGGUGAAUACACAGUGACAGUACUGGUAUCAGACUCUGGCAGCCCAACCCUCAGUGCUUAUGCACAGGUCAAUGUCACUGUGUGUCCCUGCGAUUCCUUUGGGGACUGUAAAUCUGAUGCUGCAGCCAUACUGGGCUCCAGUGUGGGAAUCAGCCUCAUCGCUCUGAUAAUCAUCAUGGCUAGCAUUGCACUGCUACUGUUGCUGCUCCUCCUGGCUGUGGCGGUGAGUACCUGCAGGAGACGCCAUCAUAUCAAGAAAGGAACAGGUCUGCUUGUGGGGGAAUCAGAAGAUGACAUACGGGACAAUGUCCUCAACUAUGAUGAGCAGGGAGGGGGCGAGGAGGAUGAGAACGCCUUCAACAUUGACCUGCUGUGGAACCCCCAUGAUGCCCCUCCCACCCCGGGGUCCUUCUGCCCAGUGUCCAGUAUCCCGCGGGGCAAGCAGCCCCUGAGGAGAGAUGCCCCACAUAACCUGCCUUCUCCCACCUACCCACGAAGGCCCCCUGCAGACCCUACUGACAUCGAGGACUACAUCAAUGACGGCCUGGAGGCUGCAGACCAAGAUCCAAAUGUGCCUCCAUACGACACAGCCCUGAUCUAUGACUACGAGGGAGAGGGCUCACUGGCGGGCAGUCUCAGCUCCAUUGCUUCAGGCAGCUCUGAUGGAGACCAGGACUAUGACUACCUCAAUGACUGGGGUCCACGUUUCAAGAAACUGGCCAACAUGUAUGAUCCUCGCUAA